AUGCCCCUUGUACGCGAACUAGACCUCCUUGACAAGGUCGCCGUGAUAAGCGGCGCAUCCCGCGGCAUAGGACGUGCCAUUGCCUUCAACCUCGCAAGCCGAGGCUGCUCCAUCCUCGGAACCUGUUCUGGUGACGAGGGUGUCACCGCUCUCUCAUCAGGCCUCGAUGAAGAGAUAACAACCCGCGUGUUUGAAGCCACGACACGAGAACGACCUGCGAGUCUUACGAUCAAAGGACUCGUCGCCGACAUCUUCUCCGAAAACUGCGCUAGUGUCAUCGCCAACGAGAUCAACAAAACAUUCAACAACCGUAUCGACAUCUUCAUCAACUGCGCUAGUGACUCCAUGCCCGGUGUUAUUGGAGAGAUGGAAAUCACCGAGGUCCAGCGCAGUUUGGUCGGAAACAUUCAAACCCCUGUUAUGAUCGUCGAAGAGUUUGUUCGCCGACGAUAUUUCCAGCCCAACAGCCGCAUCAUCUACAUCUCAUCCAUACGAUCUCGACAACCGUGGAGCGACCAGCUCAUGUACGCAGCUGGAAAGUCAGCGGGCGAGUCUCUGUGUCGAACGUGGGCCCAGGCAUUUGGUGGCAAGGACGAGAGGUAUAGCUUCAUGGAGGGCACGACCGCCAAUGCCGUCACGGCCGGUCUGACCGAGACUGACGCUGUUGUCAACUGUGGCCCGGAAGCAGUCAAGCGUUUCCAGGAUGAGUUCUUCCCGACACAGAGCAUCCCGCGGUUUGGACAGCCUGAGGAUGUGGCUGAUGUGGUUGGACUUCUCUGCGGCAAUGAUGCGCGGUGGAUUACGGGAUGUGUGGUUAGUGCCAGUGGAGGAGGCAUCAAGAUUGGGUAA